GGCCCCGCGUAUCUCGAACCCCGAACCGCUUGGAAAGGACCUCGGAGACUACGGGCAGGUGCUACUUCCUUUCUGGGCGUCGAGAAUCUCAGCCCCGGUAUACACGCCAAUUCAUGGCAACUACUUGCAACUUCUUUUCCCCGUGAGCUUCUCCAGGACCAUCAGCCGCCAAGCUCGCGUCGUCGCCAUCUCCCAACCCUCACUCCCUUUGCCGACCCACUUGACUCCUACCAGCUCCAUGAGCUCGGCAUCGCUACGCAGUCCGCCGCUUCCAUCUUGAUUCCCCGUCCGCCAGCGGGUUUCUCUCCGCGGUGCAGCACCCGCGGCACCUCAAUUUACUGUUUCCCCGUGGCCGUUGCGCGCCACCAACCGACGAGAAUAUGGGGACUACGUACGAAGUUUCGCACCUCCGCUCAUGCGAGAACUAUUUUCUCCAUCCUCCCUCCUCCUACGUACCAUCAAUGCCGCAACCAGACCGGCGGCGGUCGGUCUUGAACGAGCGGCCAGUACCAAACGAACAGCUCUUUGACCCGGUUUCGCGAUGCUCCGCGUCUCUGCCGAACCCCUCCGAAAGUUCCAAAACCGCAACCUCCUACCGACGCCCCGUGCCGCCAACCGCUCUGGCUGCGACAGGCCCCUCGUCGACGACGGUGUCGGAACAUUCGCAACGGCAAAGCAGCUCGCAAAAACCUAAACAACCAACACCCAUCCCUGCCCAUUCCCCGUCGCAGAGUCCCGCGAGCUCUAAGAUGACGCAGCACAGCAUGAGCAUUCCGGAGCGGAUAAGCGCAAGAGGGGGGAGCAUAUCUGAUUUCAUGGCCGAGAUAGCUGCGCUCUUUUGGUUUGAGUCGACGAAGCUGCUGGAGAGGCUGGAAACGACCAAGAAGCUCGUUCCCGGCGUGCAAGUCCAGCCGCUCGCGCCGGCCGCCGUCGCAAGCCAACAUUUCAAGAAAUGGGUCUCAUCAGUCUUGACAACGACGCAGGUCACGCAGAAUGUCGUGAUCUUGGCACUGCUCUAUAUCCACCGGUUAAAGAAGGCGAAUCCCACGGUCAAGGGUCGUCCGGGGAGCGAGUACCGACUGCUGACAGUGGCUUUGAUGCUGGGCAACAAGUUUCUGGACGACAACACCUACACGAACAAGACGUGGGCGGAUGUGUCGGGCAUCUCGGUCAACGAAAUUCACGUCAUGGAGGUCGAGUUCCUGAGCAACAUGCGCUAUAGCCUGUUGGUCUCGGCUGAGGAGUGGGAACAGUGGCUCGAUAAGCUGGCCAGGUUUUGGUCAUACGUCGAACUGGCGCAGCAGGCACAGUCUUCCGCGCCCUCGCCACUCAUGAUCCCGUCGCCGACGCACCGGGCCUAUGCCUCGCCGCUGCACUCCCCGACCGUACCCUUGACCCCGGGCCUUCAGUCAACGACACAUUCGUCCAGUUUCCAAUCGCCCAACUUAGGCCCUGCGGCCAACGCGAGCCAGAAUUGGAUAACGUCGCAUGGCGGUAGCAACGCGAAUUCACCCUUGGCAUUGAAGCCUCAGCCGUCCCUGCACCGGAAGCGCAGCUUUCCCGAAGAGAACCAGGCCGAGCAUCCGGCCAAGCGGGCGAGUCUGUUACCGGCCGUACAGGGAAAUGCCUCCUCGCAGGCACCCUUGCAAUAUUCGUCGAACGGCCUGCAGGCCCAGGUCGGCCUUGCUGGUGCGGGGAGCGUUGCUCCUGUGCAAUCUCGUCCUGUGCCUGCCCCGCUGCCUGACCACGGUCGACAGCAUGUGCCUAGCUUGACACUGAACACGGCCCAGGCCACCGCGGACGUGACUGUCACGCAGCCUCAGACCUACACCUCAUCGGCGUACACACUUCAGCAGCCUCCUCUGUCACUGCCACCUCUCGCUUCGGGUGCUCGCGCUAUGUCGAUAGUGUUCUCAGCCACGACGUAUCCGCCAUCGCAACCUGUUCCGGCAAGCGGCGGAGCCGUAACGCCAACAACGAGCUUCCCGCCGAUGAGCUACAACACCCCUACGAAGCGACUGUCGCCUCAGAAUACGCUAGCUGCCUACCCCGGCUCUUCUCCGCUUGUCAUGGGCAACGGUACCACCAGCGGCCUGCACACGCCCAUCUCCCACUCGCCCUCCAUCUACCUUCAACAGCGCAACAGUCCGUACAAGCCCGUUCGACACGUCAACACGUUGCUGUACCCACCGCCGUCGGCCUUCCUGCAACAGUACCAGCUGCCGAACCCAGUGCUUCCGAACCAGAUGCACUACCAGCCGCUCGGGAAGCGCAACGAGUACCGCACAGGCAUCGUCCCAGAGUUUCUUGACAGCGCACACCGGGUAGCUGGUUACCACCAGCCCCCGGUCCCGCAGAUGCUACCGAACCUUCCUGCGCACUCUCAACAGUCGCGGGCGCAGUAUCAACUGACGCCUGCUGCACGAGCCGGGCCUUCCUAUCCGGGACAGUACUAAGCGGUUGGCCGCAUUUGCCAAUGCGGCGUUGUUUUGGUCUUCUUGAGCCCAAGAGCUCAGUUUUGUACUAUUAUCAGGUGUUUACCUUUUUUUUUUUGUUUUUCGCGAUGAUACAUUUGCAUAGUCGGCGUUACGGU